AGCCAGCUGUCAUGCCUACCACCGAGCUGUCGCCUACUCAGGCGCACGCCCUAUUCGAUGUCCUGACCCACCAGGAGGUCUACAGCGAGAUCCUAAAUUUCAAGUGGCCCGAGGCUAUCCACAGAUACGGUCAUCCUUUUGUCAAGGAUGCUUCUCUGCUCUGCACAUCCCCUAUUCUGCAGUCACUUCUCAACAAGUUCGCUUUGACCCUGCCCGGCCUCUCCAGCGUUGAUGAUGCUUUCUGGAAAGAGCGUAUCUCUACCAUUGUCGAGAAGUUUGGUGCCGCCGAGCUCUCGGAAAGCUACGACAAGGGCUCCAUCGGCCUGCGAAAGACCCUGGCAACAGCCAUUUCCGCCCUGAUCGAGUAUCCCGCCAAAGGAGCCUUGGGAGGGUUCCCGAUGAAGGAUGUUCAAAAGGACCGGAAGUACGAUAUCUCUAAACCCGACGAUGUCUUGCAGGCAUGGGAUGUCUUCCUACAGCAGCUUGUUUAUGGCGACAUGGUUGAUCUCUUGUUCAAGAAGUGUGCAGAGACCAACAAGCUUGAAGAGCACCCAAAUGUGGUCCAAGCUGCCCAUGAGUUCAUUCUCGUCAACCUGGCAACCUUGCUUCAUCAAAUUUUUAUACUCUCGCCUGACGGACAGUCUUUGCUGAGAAUUAUGGAAAAUAUCAAUCGACUCAUCCCGUACAGUAUCAUUCGGCAAACCCUAAAGGUAGGCAAUGCAGCAACCAUGAUCAAUGGAAUGGUCAGGCUUGUACUCGCCAAACUCAGUGUUGGCACCAUCACCAACUGGAUAGGCAUCAGCAAAGGUGCAGACGAGGGAAUGAACCUUCUACAACAGAUCAUUUCCACAGUCCUUUCCUGGGACAGUUCGGAGCUACAGAAGCAAGCGACCAAAAUAGAAAAAUCAAAGAAUAGACCAGACAAGGACCAUCUAGAAGCUAUUAAAAAGCAUUUGCAGACGACACGCGAGGAACGAAGCAAGCGAAGAAACACGAGCAUGGAGAACUCCAAGUCUAUUGUCGGCGUCAUUUUCGAGGCCAACUCACUUUCGUCCGAUAUCCCGGAGUCACAACAGUUGCAGGCUCUGGAUUACCUCAGCGCACAGCUUUCGGUCCGUGACCGUGAACAGUUGAUUCAGAUUCUCUGCCGUCAACAACCCGAUCAUUUGACCCAAGCAAUUCGGGACCUUGUUGCUGCAUAUGAUCCCAUCAUUCGUGCCGUCCAUAAUGCAUACGACCUUAGCGCUGGAAUCACUGACUUGGAAAAUUUUCUCGACGAUUUGAUCAAACUAUCGAAGUUGCCUUCAUCUUCGAAGAAAGACAAUAGUCACGUAAAAGAUACCAAACACAAGACUCCGAGUGUAGAAGAUUUUGUCAACCUUCUAAAGAAACACCAAGGCUCUUGCCAUCGUUUUCUGCAUUCGAUUGCUAAAAACGGCCCAGAGGUCACCGAGUGGUUCCGGCAGUACGCCUUGAAGUUUAUGUCCGAAUUCCAACGAUCUUCCAGUUCUCCCGAGGGAGCUGGUGCGAUGAAUUCUACUCUAAACUCACUGUUCAAAAAUCUUUCUCCUGAGGACCAACAGGCUGUUUCAAAGGCUCUCGAUGCACAUUCAGACUACCUUUCCAAACUCUCCGCCACCUCGUCAACACGCAUGAAAUCAAUUCUCUCCAAGUCCGAAAAUACAGAUUUCGGGCCUGGAAUGUACAUUGCGAAAUGGCAAGCGCUUAUCGAAGCGACACCAAUCACGCCUUCAAUGCGCAAUAGUCCCUUGCGUUCAGGAAAAAGUAAAGAUGUCAAGGAAGCCGCACAAGUUGAUGUAGAUGGAGAGAGGAAGGGUGUGGUUAGCCUCGGGAAUGAACCGAAAGGCAAAGAAAUAUUGCCGGAGCCGCCCAAUGUUGAUAUUGUCUGGAAGCUCCUCGGCCCAGAAUACCGGAAGGCACUCGCUGGAGGAAUUUCGAACGGGGGUGUCCCGUAGGUUUUAGGCCUCACAUCCUAUGUACAUCGAGGCACAUUACUUGUCGGCAGGUGAGUAAAUAGCCAAUGUAAUAUUAAUUCAACCCUCAUUAAAGUAUCUCCAUACCUUCCAAGCAGCUUUGGUAUGUUUACGUG